UCUCUCUCAAACCAAACGACCGUUUCAGAAGAUCCUGCCAUCUUCCACCCUUUUGCUCUUCUCUAGCUUCGCUCUUUAGCGCGAGUGCCCACCCAUGACAUCAGAGGUGGACUACCUAUUAUCUACAUUUUAUCCUCCAAACACUCCCGUCUCCUCCCUACAUUUAACCCUUUUCCCAAUUCAAUCUUCCCACUCCCAGUCUUUUCAUUUCUUUCCCGGGGAUGUAUAACCUUCGGGUUGAUAUUCCCGCUCGAGGAAUGGUUCUAGUCGGUAAAUAUCCGAUAUUAUCUCCAGAAGGGAGGAAGAUGUCCCCUCCUCGAGAAUAAUCUAAACAAGAAAAAAGAACAAAUACCAUUAACCGCAAGGGUUUUGAAUACCCGGUUAUCUGGUACUCGGUAAAAUCACUAUCCUCUGCAUCUCUAUUAAAGAUGCUCUCAAGAAGAGUGCCUUUAGUUUUAUAGCUACAGCUUGGAACUAAUAUUUUCAUUUGUUUCUAAAAUUUUUUGUUGAAUAAUGGAGCCCUAGCAUCAAUAUCCCCAAUCCAGCAACACCAACAUGUUUAGUAAUUUCGAUGCAGGGGAAUUCGAUUUUAUUAUCGUUGGAGCAGGUUCAGCUGGUGCAGUAAUAGCAAAUAGACUUACAGAAGUUAAGGAAUGGAGCGUCCUUUUAAUAGAAGCUGGUGAUUUGGAAACAGAUUUUAGUGAUAUACCUAAUAUGCAUACUUACCUCCAAGGUUUAGAAAUGAAUUGGGGUUUUAACACGACUCCUCAAACCACUGCUUGUCUAGGUAUGUGGAACAGAAGUUGUCACUACCCAAGAGGUAGAGUUUUGGGUGGCACCAGUUCUAUUAACAGUUUGGCAUAUGUAAGAGGAAACCCAUUAGACUACGACAAAUGGGCAGCUCUUGGAAAUACCGGUUGGUCCUACGAAGAAGUACUUCCUUACUUCAAAAAGUCGGAACACGCUCGUAUUCAAAGCCCCGAUGAGGAAUACCACGGCUUUGGCGGAUAUUGGUUUGUUGAAAACCAUCGUCCUAACAAUGCGCAUGCCACAGCAUACAUUCAAGCGAAUAUCGAAAGGGGAAGACGAGUGGUUGAUUAUAAUGGUAGAGACCAAUUGGGAGUUGCUGAAGUCCAAUUUAACAACCAAUACGGAACACGGUGUAGUACAGCGAAAGCUUUUCUGCGACCCAUUCAACAUAGAGAGAAUCUCGAGAUUUGGAUCAACAGCUACGUUACCCAAAUUCUUAUUGAUCAAGACAAAAAAGCUUACGGGGUGCGAUUAGCUCACCGAGGGCAAUAUUUUGAAGCGAGAGCAAGAAAGGAGGUAAUCGUAUCUGCUGGAUCAAUACAAUCACCUCAACUGCUAAUGCUUUCUGGAAUUGGACCUGCCAAUCACUUAAAAUCCGUUCAAAUUCCAGUUGUCAAAGAUCUUCCAGUUGGUCAAAAUUUUAAAGAUCAUGCUGCAUAUUUUGGACUCUAUUUUACUUCCAAUUAUACAGAACCCGUAGAUACUCUAGAAAAUUACGUUAAUCAAUACUUUAACGAAUACGGACCCUACACAAUUGCUCUUAAUUCUCAAGCGGUUGGUUUCUAUCAAUCACAUUUAGAAAGUACUCCUGGAUAUCCUGAUAUUGAAUUAUUUGUAAUACCGGCUAAUAGCAGUAAUCCUAUGAUUCAGAGGUCACUUCACGUUACUGACGAAGUUUACGAAGCCGUUUGGGGUAGGGUCGAUCCUACCACAAUGAUGUGUGUAUAUGUCAUUGUUCUUCAUCCCAAGUCCGUAGGGAGUAUUACGCUUAAAUCAAAUGAUCCUUAUGAAUAUCCUAAUAUUGAUCCUCGAUACCUUUCGGAUCCGUAUGAUCAAGAUAUUGAAACUAUGUACGAGGGUAUUCUGUUAGCUUUGGAUUUAAUAGAUACAGAUGCCUAUAGAGCACGUAACAUGAAUUUGCUUUAUGCUGCACCACCAGAUUGUAGGAGAUUCCCCUUUUCGUCCAGAGCUUUCUGGUACUGCUGCAUGAGGCAGUUGACAUCUAAUUUGUACCACCCCAUGAGUACUUGCAGAAUGUCUCCUGAUCCUGAAGAGGGAGUGGUCGAUCCUAGACUGAGGGUACACGGUAUCAAAAAUUUAAGGGUUGCCGAUUGCAGUAUUAUACCAUAUCCAGUCUCUGGACAUACCAAUGCUCCGACUGUUAUGAUCGGUGAGAAGGCGUCGGAUUUGAUUAAAGAAGACAAUCUACCCGAUUAUAGUAAUAAGAAAUUAUGUAAGCAGCAUGCUUUUGAUCUUUGA